GAAUUUUUAGAUUAAAUUUUAAAUUUUAACAAAUUAAAAUAUAAACUAUGAAAAUAAAUUUCAUCUGAAUCCAAUCAAAUUGGAUCGAGUUUGGUGUGCCCUUUAAAGAUUUCGAAUCGGAAUUGCUGUGGUUCCACCUAUUGAACCGUUCUGAAAACACACUCUCUCUCUCUCUCUCUCUCCGUUUGGUCCGAUUGGAGAGGCAAUUGCUCAAAACCCCUGUAACUGGUUCAAGGGUUUUAUUCUAACACAGUAGGUGAUUCAAGGGUUUUCUUCCUCCCAGGUAUCAAAUAUGCUGUGUGAAGUUGAAUGUUGCUACCCUGUAGUGAUCCCUGCCAAAAGCCUGGACAGAAGUGGACUAGUCCCCCAGAGUACAAUCGUAACAUGCCUUUUGAAGCAACUGUUGAAUUGCAAGGCUGCAGAAGAGUGUGGUUACUUUCUUGCAGUAACCAACUUGAAGAGCAUAGACAAUGGAAAGUUCAACGACUCUGAUAAGUAUCUACUCUUCCUAGUAACCUUCUGCUGUCGCACCUUCCUACCUGUGAAUGGAGAGGUCAUGCUUGGUGUAGUGCAAUCGAUACAUAGACGAGGAGUCUUCCUGAAAUGUGGGCCCAUGAAAUACGUUUAUCUCUCAGCUCGAAAGAUGCCAAAUUACUACUACGUUGAUGGGAAAAAUCCAUAUUUCAUAAGCGACGAUCUGUCCAGAAUCGAGAAUGAUGUGGUGAUCCGUUUCAUGGUGUUUGGUGUGAGAUGGACAACGAAAAACCAGCAAGUCGAAAGGGAAUUCAUGAUUCUUGCCACUUUGGAAGGCGAUCGCCUCGGACCAAUUUCAUUGCCAGGAUCUGAUGAACUGGGGUUGUAGAAGAUUUUAUAUAUGGGAUGAUUAUGGCAUUGUUGUGCUUGCUUGUUGAAAAUAUGAUAUUUAGUGUAUUGAAAUUUUAAUUACAUGAUUUUUUAAAAAAAAUUUUAAAAGCCUGAUGUAAUAUACAGGUACAAAGAUUUCAAUUCCCCUGUUCAAUAGAGAUGAAG